AUGACAGCAACGCGACGGUGUAUCGCGUUGCCUCACUCGGUCGCCCUGGCUUCCCCCCACCCUUUCCCUCACCUUCGCUCAUGCUUCCCCUUUACCGUCGCUGCCUCCUGCUCCCUGGGUGCACCCACAAUUCCGCUGACCAUCGCGCAUGCCUUCCCCCACAUUCACACACGCUCAUCGUCCCCGCUUCUUCCGACCGUCACCCCCGCAAUCAGCCCACCGUCACCAACGCUUCUUCUUACCGUCGCCCACGCUUCCUUUUACCGUCGCCCACGCUUCCUCUUACCGUCCCCCACGCUUCCUCCCACCGUGGCCCACGCUUCGUCCCCGUCGCCCACGCUUCCCCCCACCGUCGCCAACGCUUUUCCCCACCGUCGCCAACGCUUUUCCCCACCGUCGCCAACGCUUUUCCCCACCGUCGCCAACGCUUUCCCCACCGUCGCCAACUCUUUUCCCCACCGUCGCCAACUCUUUUCCCCCCUCCCGCCGGCCUCCCUCCCCUCCCGCGAAAAACCCCCCUGUCCUCUCAUUACCCCAGCCUCUCAUCCCCCUGUCCCCUGUCCUCUCAUCCCCUCGUCCUCUCAUUCCCCCGUCCUCUCAUCCCCCCGUCCUCUCAUCCCCCUGUUCCCUGUCCUCUCUUCCCCCCAUCCUCUCAUCCUUGUCCCCUGUCCUCUCAUCCCCUCGUCCUCUCAUCCCCCCGUCCUCUCAUCCGCUCGUCCUCUUAUCCCCUCGUCCUCUCAUCCCCCCGUCCUCUCAUCCCCUCGUCCUCUCAUCCCCCCGUCCUCUUAUCCCCCUGUCCUCUCAUCCCCCCGUCCACUCAUCCCCCCGUCCUCUCAUCCCCCUGUCCUCUCAUCACCCCGUCCUCUCAUCCCACUGUCCUCUCAUCCCCCUGUCCCCCGUCCUCUCAUCCCCCCGUCCUCUCGUCCCCCUGUCCUCUCGUCCCCUUGUCCUCUCGUCCCCCGUCCUCUCAUCCCCCCGUCCUCUCAUCCCCCUGUCCUCUCAUCCCUCUGUCCUCUCAUCCCUCUGUCCUCUCACCCCCCGUCCUCUCACCCCCCCGUCCUCUCAUCCCCCUGUUCCCUGUCCUCUCGUCCCCCCAUCCUCUCAUCCCCCCGUCCCCUGUCCUCUCGUCCGCCUGUCCCAUCAUCCCCCCGUCCUCUCAUCCCCCUUUCCUCUCAUCCCCCUGUCCUCUCACCCCCCUGUCCUCUCAUCCCCCCGUCCUCUCAUCCCUCUGUCCUCUCAUCCCUCUGUCCUCUCAUCCCUCUGUCCUCUCACCCCCCCUGUCCUGUCAACCCCCCGUCCUCUCAUCCCCCCGUCCUCUCAUCCCCCUGUCCCCUCAUCCCCCUGUCCUCUCAUCCCCCCAUCCUCUCAUCCCCCUGUUCCCUGUCUUCUCGUCCCCCCAUCCUCUCAUCCCCCCGUCCUCUCAUCCGCUCGUCCUCUUAUCCCCUCGUCCUCUCAUCCCCCCGUCCUCUCAUCCUCCCGUCCUCUCAUCCCCCCGUCCUCUCAUCCCCCUGUCCUCUCAUCCCCCCGUCCACUCAUCCCCUCGUCCUCUCAUCCCCCUGUCCUCUCACCCCUCUGUCUUCUCAUCCCUCUGUCCUCUCAUCCCCCUGUCCUCUCAUCACCCCGUCCUCUCAUCCCACAGUCCUCUCAUCCCCCUGUCCCCCGUCCUCUCAUCCCCCCGUCCUCUCGUCCCCCUGUCCUCUCGUCCCCCGUCCUCUCAUCCCCCCGUCCUCUCAUCCCCCUGUCCUCUCAUCCCUCUGUCCUCUCAUCCCUCUGUCCUCUCACCCCCCGUCCUCUCACCCCCCCGUCCUCUCAUCCCCCUGUUCCCUGUCCUCUCGUCCCCCCAUCCUCUCAUCCCCCCGUCCCCUGUCCUCUCGUCCGCCUGUCCUAUCAUCCCCCCGUCAUCUCAUCCCCCUGUCCUCUCAUCCCCCUGUCCUCUCAUCCCCCCGUCCUCUCAUCCCUCUGUCCUCUCAUCCCUCUGUCCUCUCAUCCCUCUGUCCUCUCACCCCCCCUGUCCUAUCACCCCCCCGUCCUCUCAUCCCCCCGUCCUCUCACCCCCCUGUCCCCUUAUCCCCCCAUCCUCUCAUCCCCCUGUUCCCUGUCCUCUCGUCCCCCCAUCCUCUCAUCCCCCCGUCCCCUGUCAUCCCCUCGUCCUCUCAUCCCCCCGUCCCCUCAUCCCCUCGUCCUCUGAUCCCCCCGUCCUCUCAUCCCCCUGUCCUUUCAUCCCCCCGUCCUCUCAUCCCCCUAUCCUCUCAUCCCUCUGUUCUCUCAUCCCCCUGUCCUCUCAUCCCCCUGUCCUCUCAUCCCCCUGUCCUCUCAUUCUCACCCCCCCGUCCUCUCAUCCCCCUAUUCCCUGUCCUCUCGUCCCCCCAUCCUCUCAUCCCCCCGUCCCCUGUCCUCUCGUCCUCCUGUCCUCUCAUCCCCCCGUCCUCUCAUCCCCCUGUCCUCUCAUCCCCCUAUCCUCUCAUCCCCCCGUCCUCUCAUCCCUCUGUCCUCUCAUCCCCCCGUCCUCUCAUCCCUCUGUCCUCUCACCCCCCCUGUCCUAUCACCCCCCCGUCCUCUCAUCCCCCCGUCCUCUCACCCCCCUGUCCCCUUAUCCCCCCAUCCUCUCAUCCCCCCGUCCCCUGUCCUCUCGUCCUCCUGUCCUCUCAUCCCCCCGUCCUCUCAUCCCCCUGUCCUCUCAUCCCCCUGUCCUCUCAUCCCCCCGUCCUCUCAUCCCUCUGUCCUCUCAUCCCUCUGUCCUCUCAUCCCUCUGUCCUCUCACCCCCCCUGUCCUAUCACCCCCCCGUCCUCUCAUCCCCCUGUCCUCUCACCCCCCUGUCCCCUUAUCCCCCCAUCCUCUCACCCCCCUGUUCCCUGUCCUCUCGUCCCCCCAUCCUCUCAUCCCCCCGUCCCCUGUCAUCCCCUUGUCCUCUCAUCCCCCCGUCCUCUCAUCCCCUCGUCCUCUCAUCCCCCCGUCCUCUCAUCCCCCCGUCCUCUGAUCCCCCCGUCCUCUCAUCCCCCUGUCCUCUCAUCCCCCUGUCCACUCAUCCCCCCGUCCUCUCAUCCCCCUAUCCUCUCAUCCCUCUGUUCUCUCAUCCCCCUGUCCUCUCAUCCCCCUGUCCUCUCAUUCUCACCCCCCCGUCCUCUCAUCCCCCUAUUCCCUGUCCUCUCGUCCCCCCAUCCUCUCAUCCCCCCGUCCCCUGUCCUCUCGUCCUCCUGUCCUCUCAUCCCCCCGUCCUCUCAUCCCUCUGUCCUCUCGUCCCCCUAUCCUCUCAUCCCCUCGUCCUCUCAUCCGCCUGUCCUCUCGUCCCCCCGUCCUCUCAUCCCCCUGUCCCCCUGACCUCUCGCCCCCCUGUCCUCUCGUCCUCUUGUCCUCACAUGCCCCUGUCCUUUCAUCCUCCCGUCCUCUCAGUUCAUAUUCUCUCUGUCCCCCUUCUCUCUGUUUCCCUUCUCCUCAUCGCCUUUCUCCCUGUCCCUCGUCUUCCUCACCCCCUUCCCCCAAGCUCAUCGCCAUCACACCUCCUCCCUCAACAGAAGACAAUGCAGUGA